CAGGCACGGCUGCGACGUCACGACGCUCUGACGAUGGCCGUCACGACGACGUGGAGCCGCUCUCGCAGCUUGACCCCACCGCAUCGACCUCGACUUCGACUCCGACGUUGCCCCGCCCGCAGCCGCGGUCUAGUCGCGACGACGACAUAUUUUGCCCGUCGUGCGGCCGACGGCGUCGCGAGGAGAUCUCAUGGAUGAUCGAGGACUUGGACGCCAUCGAACCGGCACCGCUGGAGUCGCAAAGAACACCGACAAAGCUCUGUACCUGUGGCCAGGCUGACACUCGUAGAGAACGCGCCAGUUUCCUGAGGAUACGCAGCACCGAGGUAACAUGGAGUACCAGCAGCUUUUUGUCGCCCGACGAGGCGAUCUGGGAUCUAAGAAGGCGCACCAGCGAGGGUACAGAGUUUCGCUGGGAGCUUCAUACCUCGACUACGGACUUGGAUCUUGCCAGAAAGACCAAGUGCAGCUGCCACAGUUUAACUCCGGGAAAGAAGAAACCGGAAGGUGUACAUCGCGGCGAUCUCAGAAAGCAUCACAGUGCAGAGACGGACAAGUGGUCGAUCAGGCCAGAAAAACUGCUGACACCGAUGCACGACCUAAGGAAGCACAGCAGCGACGACACCAGAUUCGCGAGGGAGGCCAGAUGGUUGCAGGUGCCGGACGUGAUGCCGAAUCCGAAGCCCAGAUGUACCUGUCCCAAGGUGAAGACACCACCACCCGCGUCACCAGUGGAAGUGAAACCGGAACAGAAGGAACCAGAAAAGCCGAUUAUGAAGAAGGAGGAGAAAAAAUUGUACUACUCGAAGUCGCUGACGCCCGAGGAGCCGGCCGUGCCAUGGGAGAAGCCAGAGGUGAAGAGGCAAGUCAGCGAGGAUCCAAGAGCCGCCAGAGGAAAGGCCAGAGAUCGACCCAAACUGGAACGCUCCGCUCAAGUGAGAAGCGAAAGUUCGCGGAGAUGGGGCUUCUCGCAAAGAGAUAAAGACAAGGAUAAAGAAAAGGAGAAGGAGAAGGUCAUCAGCCCGGUGGAGAGCAAGAAGCCGAUACGAGCAAGAUGGGCCAUGAAGCCACACGUCUCUCUGCCCGCCGAGAAAAAGGCGCCGAAGUGGUACAGGAGCCAGGACGAGACGAAGAGCAAGAGUCUACGGGAACGGCCCAAGUACAGCAUACGCAGGAGCAUGUCGCCAGAGCCGGAUCCACGACAAGUAAACAAACUGGAGAACAGAAUUGUGCGACGUCUGAUUUCACCAGAGAUCAGUAUCACCAGCACCAAGUGGGCACCGUAUGAGGACUCGUCGCCGUUGCCGACAAUUGGGAUAAGAAAGCGCGAGCAGAAGCACAUUAGCGAUAUCAAGUGGACGCCGUACGACGAAUCACCGGGCGAAAUCCCAGUCGAGGUAAUCGAGGACGACAAGAAAUGGUCACCCUUUCACAAUGUCACGCCUACGCACUGUCCGCCGCCGGAACCAGCGACACCCAGCAAGAGCGACGACGAGGAGUUCCGGUGGAAGAUCCUCAAUCAGGUCGCGCCAUUCCCGCUAUACCAAGGCGGCUGGAGAGACGAGUCGCCGGAGAAGACACCGCCGAAAAAGGCGACCACGCCGGAUGACCUGUCGACGCCGAUCUGGUCGCCAAGGGAGCCUACCACGCCCACCGCUAAGCGGAAGAGUAUCGUGCAGCCGGAUUACUCGCCGGAAUACUCACCGGCACGCAAGCCCGGCAAGUCCCGGCUUAGGCGAAAGGGUGCGAUCAGAGUGAAAACACCCCUCCCCGCUACCAGUCCUCUGGAGGACAGACUGCCCCAGGCCGGGCCGCCCCCACCGACGGUAAUAAUACGUGCUGCUAGUGAGGAGACUAAACGACAAAGGCCCCAGUUGACCAGAACCAAGGCCCUGCUGGAGGUGCCGAAGCACAUAGAUGCAACGAAGAGAUCGUUGAGCGAAGAGGGACCGCGCAUGCAUCCUCGCGAGCGUCCCAAACCGCCUGGAAGAACUCGCAGCGAGGAAGUGUCCAAGUACGACGAUCCUUGGUUGAAGGCGGAAUCUCCUGAGCUGCUUACUCGGAGAGAGAGGGCGUCCCGCGACAGACAGCGGCUCGGUUAUCCUCGCAAGGGCCUCAUGAAGAGAUAAUCUUCGAAACCACCUAAAAGACGAGACGGCAGGGCACAGCUAGUCGUGAUGAAGAUUAACGAGGUCGAACGAGACGGGAAGGAAGAUUCUAACGCGAUCGCAUUCGUAUGGGUGCCGAAAACUUCGUUGGCCUACACGAAGACUACAAUGGAAAAUACCAAAAAAAAAAAAAG